AUGGCUUUUCCUCUGAUAUUUUGUGUUUUUGAAGCAAUAUAUAAUUUUUCAUAUACUGGGGAAUCCCAGAAUAGAACACUUGAACCAGGAUUUUAUAAAUUAGAAGUUUGGGGGGCAAAUGGAUGUGGAUCCAGUUACGACUACGAACCAUAUGGUAUAGGAGGUAGAGGAGGAUAUUCUAUUGGCUAUUUAAACCUAGAAGAGCGAACAACAGUCUAUAUCCAAGUUGGUGGUGUUGGGAAUAUUUCAAUCUCUGGAUUGGCAGCAGGUGGAUACAAUGGAGGUGGAUGCGCAUGGGGACAUAACUCAGACGAUUCUCGAGCGCAUGGUGGUGGAGGUGGAACAGACAUCAGAAUCAAUGAAGAUAGCAAUUAUUCACGCGUAAUUGUUGCAGGGGGCGGUGGAGGUGGUGGAGCAACUGGUGGAGAAAGAGGAUAUUAUGGAGGUGGUCUAACUGGAGGUGGAAAUUCAGCUACUCAAAAUUCAUCAUCAAAUGGAGGUGAUUUCUUUCAAGGAGCACAUACCGGAAAUUGUGGAGGGGGUGGAAGGGGAGGUUGGUACGGUGGAGGUACUUAUCGUGGCUCUCAAACAAAGCCAACAAAAGGCAUAUCCAAUUGUUAUAAUUCAGGAGGUAGUGGAGGUAGCGGUUAUGUUUACACAGAAUCAACAGCAAAAGACUAUCCAAAUGGAUGCAAACUAACAUCGAAAUACUACUUGACAGAUGCAUCUACAUUUGGUGGAUAUCAACAAAUCACAGAACCAGACGGAAGAAAAUCAUACGGACAUUCAAGAAAUGGAUUUGCAAGAAUUACAUAUCAAUACGGUUAUGAACCAUGCAAUUAUUUCCUUAUUGAUAAUGAAUUUAUUGUGAAAGGAUUCCGCAGUGGCAACUGCAAAAAAAUCGUAGAGAUAAAACCGACUUUGGAUGGUUACAAUGUUGUUUCUAUUGAAAAUAAUGCAUUUAAAGGUCAAAGUUGUAUCGAAGAAGUAAAGUUACCAGAAACAAUUAGAGAAAUUGGUUCUAGUGCAUUUGAGAAUUGCGUUAAUCUUGUUAGAGUUUCAUCUGCUACUUUGUCAAAACUAAUAUCAAUUGGUGAUUCAGCAUUUAAAGGAUGCUUUUCACUAAAUUCAAUAGGAGUUACUGCAUUUGGAAGUGAUUCAAUCCAUAUAUUGAAUCUUUCAUAUUGCAACUCAUUAAAGACCAUCCCUUCUUUUGCAUUCAAAGAUUGCACAAAAAUUGUAGAAGUACAUCUUCCACAAGAGUUAGAGAACAUUGGAGAUAAUGCAUUUGAGAACUGUGAGUCAUUAAGACACAUAAAUCUUCAGUUCAACUUAAAGUUGGCUGGAAGAUAUUGUUUCAAUGGUUGCAGGAGUCUUAAAAAGAUUAAUAUUCCUUAUUCGCUGGAUAAAAUAAGAUCAUUCAUGUUCGGUUCCAGUGGAAUUGAAACUGUUUUAAUUCACUCGGAUGCAGUUGUUGAUGGCUAUGCAUUCUAUAACUGUAAUUAUCUGAAAAGAGUUGAGAUAUUUGAUAACGCUAUCGUGAUGCCCAAUGCUUUCUCUAAUUGUGCAAACAUCCAAAAAGUUGUUGUGUAUGAAUACGUAACUCUUUAUGAUAAUUCUUUUGAUACUAUCAGUUCAAGCGUUUAUUAUUUCGGAACAACUGAUGUUUGCUACCCAAGCAGUGAAGAUGGGUUAAAGAAAAUCAACACUACAGUCUACGUAAGGAAUGAGUAUCCAUCAGAUAAAUUCUGUGAAAUACAGAUUGUAAAAUGUACUUCUGGUUCUGUUCAAUCAAGCAAGUGUUUAAACACUCCGUAUUACGAUAGUGUGCAAAGAUUGGCAUUGAGAACCCAGAGAAAGUGA